CUUUCUGAAUUCUUUUCCAGCUUCAUUCCUACUAUUUAUGCUGAUGAGGAGCCUCAAGAAGAAGAGCCCGUAGAGGAAGUUGUCGAGGAAGAGGAAGAGGAAGAAGAAGAACCCGAGGAUCCUAAGGAAGCUAUCAUGGAAGAAUGUACUGAGAAAUGUUCCGCUUUAAAGAAACAUCUUGAUGAAUGUAAUGAACGUGUUGAAAACGGUUCAAGUGAAAAUUGUGUUGAAGAGUUUUUCCACUUUAUGCAUUGUGCUGAUGCUUGUGCUGCUCCAAAAAUCAUGGCUGCCACUAAAUAAACAACCCUUUAUUUAUGAAGUAUUUAUUUUGUUUUUUUUUCUAAGAAAAAUAUGUAUACAACACAUAUAUAAUAUACAAGGCCUAAUAUAGAUGUAUACACUGUCAAUCAUAUUGGUUUUUUUUUUUUUGUUUAUUUAUUGUACUACGAUUAAACAUUUUUUAUUUUUAUUAUUUUUAUAAAUUAAAAUUUAUAAAGUGAC